AUGCGUGUGAAGCGAUUAGAGUCUGACAACAAAGCCUUGUUAAAGAAGAUUGAUACUGAACAAACUGAAAUUGAUUUUCUGAAAGUGCGAGUGGCUGAGUUGGAAGAAGAAAAAGCUCGUAGAAAUGAACAGAACAAAUAUUACGAGUUGAAAAACAAAGAUCUUGAAGCUGCUAAGGCUUUGAAAGAGCUUGAGUUCUAUAUGUUGAAAAAAGUGGUUGAGAAUAUGCUUGGAACGUCGAUUGAACAGAGGUUCGAAAAGAUUCAAGUUGAAGAGCUUAGGGCAAAACGCCAAGCUGAGAUUGACGAACAGAUGAAAGAUAUGGGUAAGGGUGCUGAAAGCAGUAUAGCAGCUGUUGAGAGAUCAAUUGUUCCUUCUCUAGUCAUUGAGAAUCCGGUUCCUAUAUCUUCCGUAUCAGCAAUUUUUGAAGAACCUGUAACACUGGAAGAUCUUGCUGCUGAUGACGAUGAAGAAGAUGAUGAGGAGGAUGACGAUGAAGAAGGUGAUAAAGAAGAGGGUGAUGACGAGGAAGAUGACGAUGAUGAGAAAGUAUUUUCUGCUAGCAGUCCUGGUUCUGUUAAUGACGAUGACGAUGCUCAAGGUGGUAUGGGAAUUAAAGUAACUGAAGCUUCCAAUGGAAGAACUGUUGAUGAUUUUCUGAAUGAUUCUGUGAAUGAAGAGUCAGGGGGAGCUGAAGGAAAGGGGGAGUCUGGUGAUAAUCAGAAUGUAAAACAUGUUGAAAAGUUAAUUCUGAGAUUAGAGACUGAUAUGGAGGAAGGUGAACACCGUCAUAUGUAUUCAUUAUAG